UGUCCGUUCAUCCCUAUAUAAUUCAUCCCCCAUCCUGCCUUUUGGGCUAGAGUCUCCGCUUUGACUGUACCCGUUCACGCUUGCUCUGUUCACUCUCGCUUUCACCCCCCUCCUCUUUCUCUCUUCCCGCGCCUGCCCUCUCGGUCGCCUUCUGGUUUUCACAUACAAUUUCCACCUCUUUUCCUUUUUGAUAAUACGUUGUAGGACCGAAUGGCAUAGUGGGAGCUGCCUUUUUGGGGUGAAGGAUAGAACAGCAUGUGGUGGUUGCUUACCCUAUCUGUUGAUGUAUUCCGCAAAGUUAUUUCCUUAAACCUGUACUGCAAAGUCAUUCUAUAAUUUGCGUCUUCUGAACGAAACAUUCGAAUUAACGGUCUUGUUUUACCUUCUCUUAUUUCCAUGGGAUCCAAUUUCCUAGUUGUUGUUCCUUGUUAUGUCCGUCAGAUCAGCUGAAGGAUAUUGAUCUCAACUUUGAUCAUCUCCGUCUACUUUUGCUUCCAUCUAUUAUCUAUUCAGUUAUAGUUUUGUUCUCCGGCCGUUGUUUAGUUCAUCAAUUUGUCUAACAGCACAGUAGUCUCAUUGACAACUUGUGUUCAGUAUUCUCCAAUUCUUCAAACCUGCUUCAUCGUCCUUGGAAAGUUGGUGUUUCUUUUUUCUUUCAAGGGUUGGAAAGUAGUUAUGGUGUGCCAAGCGGCGAGUCAAACGAGAUUUCGGGCAUUGAAACAUGAAAAUGGAACAGCUGGGUGCUCAACCAUUAUAGUUAGGGUUAUAGCAUGCUUUCAACCUCUCCGAGAUUGCCAGGCUGAAUAUUUCCGUCAUUUGCUCAAGCCUGUCACGUAGAGUAGUUUCGCCUUUCUGUAGUUGGGUUAAGCUGGUGCUUUUAGUUAGUAUACUUGUUCGCCAAAGGAAAAGAUAGUAACGGAUAGCUUUUGUCUGAAGUUUUUUUUCUCAGGUUAUUGUUCUAGUUGAAUGGGAGAAGAUUGUGGAACCUGGGUGCCACAGCGGCGUUUGGAUUGGCAAACACCCAAUCUAAGCUCCUUUAGGGCUCCGUGUGAGGGAAAGCAGACCGGUGUUUCUGCACCUGGCAUUGAUAAUAUGAUCACGUCUAAUGAGGCAAUGCCAGCUUAUGCAUCCUCUGUGUUGCCUCAUUUACAAUUAGGACAUUCUAAUGAACCUUCUCUUGGUUGGUUUUACUGUUUGCCUCAGUUUGGACAGUCCUUCAUGCCUGCGGCCAACCUCUCUGUUAAGGGAAAUCUCCUUGCUGGCCAAGUCAAAGGGUUUGGAGGGGAAACUGUCCCCAAUCGGGAAACCCAAAAACAAUUCCUUGUUAUUGAUCAGACGGGUUAUCAGACGACUUUCAUUUAUAGUCCUCGGCUAGGCUCUUGGCCUUCCAAAUGGUAUGGUCCUAAGAAUUUGAAUGUGAACGAGCCUUCUUUUAAAACAGAUGCAAACGAUCUUAUUGGAUCAAGUUUCCCAGCCGAAGUUGAUGAAAAUCAGGAAAGGGACAUGGAAAGUGAGAUGCAUGAAGAUACGGAAGAAAUUAAUGCAUUGCUUUACUCGGACAGUGAUGAUUACUCUACUGAGGACGACGAAGAAGUUACUAGCACAGGGCAUUCUCCAAGCACGUUGACCACUCAUGAUGAUAGCCGAGAAAUCUUUAGAGCAGCCACUGAAGAAGUUGGGACGUCCUCUGGAAAAUCAAAGAAGAGGAAGCUGUCAGACUCUGCUUAUGACGACACUGCCACUUCUCUGAAUCUGAAGAGACCCAAUGAGUAUGAGAGUGGAGGUGAUGCAGAAUCGAGAUGUUCUGGUGGAAAGAGCCAGGGGUCUGGUGAAAUGGGUUCCUUGUCAGGCAAUAAGAAGAUGAGAAGGGAGAAGAUACGAGAAGUUCUGAGCGUUCUGCAGAGCAUAAUUCCUGGCGGGAAGGACAAGGACCCAAUUGUGCUUCUCGAUGAAGCCAUAUGUUGCUUGAAGUCCUUGAAACUCAAGGCUAGAACUCUCGGACUUGAUGCCUUGUUGAGUUCUUAGUCAGUUUCGUCACUACGUGUGCAGAAUAAAGAAGGUAAGGGUUGGGCUUUGUUUGGUGUUCAGAGGGGUCGGGGGCUCAUUGUUGGUGGUAUUUCCGUUGUAUUAAAGAUUAUUUUAGCAAAUAUGGUGGGGGGAUGAGAGACUGAACUCGACUUAGGAAUCCUGUCUCGAUUAUUGAGUCAGAAAUGGGCUUGGAGAAAGGUGAUAUGAAUCAUAAGGUCCGCGUUGUUUGGUUUCGGAGAAAGUGAAGUGUCGGACUCAAAGCAGGGCUUGGGAUGGGAGGUGUUUUGAAUGAGGAGUGGUUGAUCCAGAAAAGGACCCCGAGAAUGAGAGGGCACGCCUCUCGGCUGAUAUGGGACCCAAUCUCUCUGGCCUCCACUUUUUGCAAUCCUGUCAUUGUUAGUGGGUUUGCUUUCAUCCUGAUGGAACUCGUCGUCGGAGAACACUGAUAUUUGUGUUGGCUCCCAGCGAUGUUAAGAACUAGUGUGGCGUGCUAUGUAUAAGGUAUUGAAAUUGAAAUUGGAUGUAUGGUUGUCGAAGAUGAUGUAUAUGUAGGUUGGAUGUAAUUUAAUAUGGUUGUUGGUAACUGUAGCGUGUUUAUGACGAGACGACUGUGGAGUCGCAUGCUCGCAUUUAAUUUAGGUGAUCGUGAGGAAAGGAUGUGUGCAUGUUGAGCAGUUGUAUUAUUGGAAUGAUUCCUGGUUUGAUGAAAAGUUGUUUCUCCGGUGCUGCCUACGAGGGGACCACGCCAUUGAAUUAUUGGGCAGGCAGGGACAGGAAGGUGGAAGCAUUCACAUUUUGUGAGAGGCACGGGCGUGGUUGCGGGCAGAAAGAAAUCAUGGCCGCCAUCCACCAUCUAACAAUCCCAAGGGUCUUUUACGGCCUUCAUCCUCCACUGUUUGACUCCAAUUUAUCUUCUGCAUUUCCUUCCUAACAGUCAUGGAAUCUAGCCCAGCCAAAAACAAAACAACACGUGGACAAUGCACUCAACAAUUUAAUCAGCAAAUGCCCACUGACGAGGAUUGUCUGCGAAUACGAUUAAACCACGAUCAAUUUUAUUAUCACUGGUCUCUUUGCAAGUUAUUUAAACCACAACUAAAUUCAUGAAUGAAACAAGAGCUUCUACUUUCGCCCCUUGAUAUUUGAA